AUGCACUACAUCGAUCCACUGCAUAUCGCCUCUCAGUUGAAGCUACCCUCGCUGAAUAGCUCUGUUCGUCGGACACCCAUUCGUGCUCCGGUUUCUGCCCGUUCUGCGGCUCCCAGUUCCACACAACCGUGCCGUGUAUCUGGUCGCCCCUCAACGACGGAACCCAUGCGCUCGCGUGUAUCGUCACUGACGAGCAAGUCUACAGCACUGAAAUCCGCGCCAGUGACUCCUCGUUCAGAUUUCUCGUCUCGUCUCCGGCUCGGAGUGAAAGCGACGACUACAGUAGGCCGAAGUACGGGUGCCUCAUCGACAUCUUCGCCUGCAGCCAGCAAACCAGAGGGUCGAGUUUCUGGAAGCCAAACACCAUGUUCAACCAAUGUAACGGUACCCAAUCGCUUCGGGAUUCCUACGGCUAGUGCGCCUAAGCGAGUCCCUGUCACUCGUUCAUUGGCGGGACACAAGAGCCCGGAGCUACCCGCAAAUCCAUCUUCUGUUCGAUGUCACUCGAGUGCCGCCUUGACACCCCGCACAGCUGCUCCUGCCAAACGAACACCAGCUAAGACCACUGCAUCCACCAUGAAAAUCACUCCACCGAGAAACCAAAUUCCGGCGGUUACCAAUCCUAGUGCUUCACCUUCUGCCGCUGCUCCAGUGUUAUCCCGCUCGACGACACAGCGUUCCUCUAUAUCUAACCGAGGUGAGUCUACGGUAUGA